AUAAAUACACAUAUUAAUAUUGGAGUAACAAACCAAAAUAAACUUGCAAAGAAUCAUUUCUUAACGACGAACCAAAUGUCAAAAUCUUUCGGUUUCUUUGCCAUAUUGGCUUUAGUUGUUGCAGUGCAAUUAAUACAUGUUGAAGGUGUUUGCACAAACGUUGUGGCUAAUUGUGCUGAUAAAGAGGUACAUUGUAAACGGGUGUGUCAAGACUUUGGAAGAGGUGCUAAACUUUUAGAAUAUAAUUGUGACUUCUAUAACCUAUGCACUUGUACUUUCGAACAUCCAGCACCAGGAGUACCACCAUAUGAUAAGUGUGAUAAAGGGAUGGGACUCUGCAGCGAUGAAUGUGAUAAUGAUUGUUGUAAUGAUAGGUGUCGUAUCAAAUAUCCUAAGUCAGGUAUUGGGUACUGUAUAAAAAACUAUGGUCUCAACUAUUGUCUUUGUACCUAUAAGCGCCGUUGAAUUUAUUCUUAGUCGAAAUAAAUAUGAUAAAUAAAUAUAUGCCUAUUUUAAAUGUAUUCAUAUGAUUCUAUUAACCUUUU